CUCAGAAACUUGAGUCGUCGUCCUUUCCCAGAUCUGUGCAGUCAGCCCCAGCUGUGUUCUGUUUGGUCAACAUUAUGUCUUCUCUGAGUCUGAAGGGCCGUGUGGCCAUCAUCACAGGGUCCAGCUCUGGACUAGGACAAGCUACGGCCGUCCUGUUCGCCCAGAGGGGUUGCGCUGUGGUGGUGACGGGGACCAACGAAAAACGCUUACAAGAAACGCUGGAGAAAUGUCAGAAGGCUGGCCUGAAACGGGACCAGAUUUUGACGGUGGCCGGAGACAUCACGACUCACAAAACCAGAGAGGAAAUCGUCACACGCACAUUCGAGACAUUUCAACGCAUUGACAUUCUGGUAAAUAACGCAGGUGCUUUGUACACCGGCUUCAUCAAAGACUUGGAAGAGAAGGACAUCGACACGACCUUCAACCUCAACUUCAAAGUGCCUGUGCUUCUGUCAAAAUUGGUGUUUCCAUAUCUGAAAGAGACAAAAGGUACCGUAUGUCCAAUGGAAAGGUCAUUGUCGCUGCGGCCAUUUUGUCUGUAG